GAAUAAUUUGUAAAGUUCUGUCAAGAUGAAUGAUUUGAUCUCAAGUUCGUUCAAGAAAUAUACAGAACUGAAGCACCAAGCCUACCUGGACGACGUGGAAGCUGGAAAUGAGAGCGUUAAUCUGGAUAAAUUCUUUGAAGAUGUUGAGAAUGUAAAGGAAGACAUGAAAAAUGUGGAACGCUUGUACAAGGGAUUACAAGAAGCCAAUGAAGAAAGCAAAACUGUUCACAAUGCAAAGACCAUGAAACAACUACGUGCCCGAAUGGACACCGAUGUUGAGCAGGUGCUUAAAAGAGUCAAAAUCAUCAAGGGAAAGCUUGAAGGUUUAGAACGCUCCAAUGCAGCUAGUCGAAACGUUCCAGGUUGUGGUCCUGGAUCAUCUGCAGAUAGAACCAGAACCUCAGUGGUUAGUGGUUUGGGAAAGAAGCUGAAAGACUUGAUGGAUGAUUUUCAAGGAUUGAGAUCAAGAAUGCAAUCAGAAUAUAAAGAAACAGUGGAACGCAGGUAUUUUACGAUCACGGGGCAGAAGGCUGAUGAAGACACAAUUGAGAAUUUGAUAUCAAGUGGUGAGAGCGAAAGCUUUCUGCAAAGGGCCAUUCAGGAACAAGGAAGAGGUCAGAUUAUGGAUACCAUAUCAGAAAUUCAAGAAAGACAUGAUGCUGUUAAGGAGAUAGAGAAGAAUUUGAUUGAACUCCAUCAGAUAUUUCUGGACAUGGCUGCCCUUGUGGAAGCUCAGGGUCACCAACUCAACGACAUUGAAAGUCAUGUCGCUUAUGCUAGUUCCUUUGUAAGACGAGGUACCGAUCACCUUCAGGAGGCUAGGGAAUAUCAGAAGGACUCGAGGAAGUGGACAUGUAUAGCAAUAGUUGCUGGUGCUGUCCUCGUUAUAGUCCUCCUCUUACCACUGUUACCAACAAUUAUAAAUCUAUUGUAGGAAGAGGGGAAAAUCCCUCUUGAGAUGUAUUCUGAUUUUCAGCCUAACAAAAUUCAGUUUAGAUCGUACAUAUAGCAAGUUUCUCAGAAACUAUUGUUUUUUUUUUUCACGUGAGAAAGCAGUGUCCUAGUCCUAGACGAGUUCUAUCACAAAAAUAGCACAAUUGGGAAUGACAGUUGAGGAAAUUCCUUCACCAUUGAGCAUUCUUGAUUCUUCUAUCCCAUCAAGGGUUCCAAAAGGAGAGCUAGUUUGUGUCAACAACGUUGGCUGAAUGACAUAUUCAGAUGUUAAGU